AUGGGAUGCAUUUAAUCAGAAAACAUUUUAUAAACUGAUAUUAACUCUCAUAAGUGCUGUAAAUCUGAAAUUGCUUAACUAAUUAAUGAGUAAUACGACUUAAUUUUAGCAGACUUACAAAAUUGCAGAAAGGAAAUUCAAUAGAAAACUGGCAUUGAGAUGAAUGAUCACAUUUUGGGAUAUUAUUAACAUGAUUUAAAAGCUCUCUCUAGCUAUAUAACAAAAAAAUAACCAAUUUAAAACAUUUCUAAUGAAAUAAUUAAAAAAUAGUUUGAUUACUAUUUUGAUUCAAAUGAGUAACACUAUCAUUAUUACUUAUCUUUAUAAUGGAAAGAUUAAGUUUUAUCUAAAUAUUUCUAAUACAAUACAUUAACUCAACCAGAAUCUUCAUUAACAGAGACAUCUUUUAGUUUAUUUUCUACAUCAAAUUCUAUUGAACGAGCAUCAUUAACAAAUAUGUGA